GUGUUUUGCAUGUAUACAAAUACACAUGCAAUUUACCUACAUAUCACCUCCUAUCAAUUGAAUCUAGCUUAAUUAUUAUAGUUUAAAUACUUAAUUACAGUGUUAUUUUCUUAUAAAAACACAUAAAAUCACUAAAUUUCUUUUCUUUCUAAUCAUUCAGCGUCACAGAAUAAGUGUUUAAUACUUAAAAAGUCAUCAUUAAGUAAGGAAGGUUGCUUCAUCAACACUUCAGACAUGCUCGAUCGAACUGGCCUUAACACUGCAUUGUUCCAUUGUACGAAGCUAUAAAUAAACGAAAAACACUUCCAGGAUGCUAAAUUGAGUGUAGGUCGGUUUGGCGUCUAGAUGCAUGGAAUAUCUGGGGAAGGUCGGCUUAACGGCGUACAAAUGUUAGCGUCGGAGCCGGAUUUACACUCUGGGCUCUUUCUCCUUUGCCGGAUUAUAAUGGGAAAUGCGUGUAAACAGUCUCUGAGGCACCUGUUAACACGGUCCCCUAAGAUCAGUUUCUCGAGCGUCCACAGUGGCUUGUCUGUCGCCAGCCUCCAGCGUCCCUGGUCCCGUACGUCUCGCAGAAGGUGGAGGCAGUCGACGUUACUAAACUCCUACGAGGCUUCGAAGACGGCCUGGCCGGUCCGUUACAUCGAAUCCAUAUUUCUUCCAGAAUUCUCGAUAAGAGGAGAAGUGGACGAAUCUCACUUUCAGAUCGAGGAAGAAAUUGCUAGAGGAGCAUUCGGGUCGGUAUUAAGAGUUAAAAAGAAAAAUACGGAAAAAAUUUAUGCGAUGAAAGUAUUAUCAAAGGCCAAAGUCAUAAUGGAAAAUGCCAUACAACAGUGCAAAGACGAAGUCACUAUUCAGUCUCUGUUAGGUCAUCAUCCGUUCAUCGUGCAAUGCCAGUAUCGUUGGCAAAAUAGGAAAGAACUAUUCAUAGUUACGGAGUAUGUGACUCACGGAGAAUUGCUCUCCCUGUGGAAAAAAUACAACAGGUUUAGCGAAGAUCUUGUCCGACUGUACGUGGCUGAACUUGCAUUGGCUAUAGAUUUUUUACAAAAUACCGGAGUAAUAUAUCGGGACUUGAAAAUGGAAAACAUUCUGAUCGAUCAAGACGGUCACGUACAACUGAUAGAUUUCGGACUAGCCAAGUGGUUAAGCAUGGGGAUGAGAGCCACCACCAUUUGCGGAACCAUAAGAUACAUGGCUCCCGAAAUUCUUAGCAUGAAACCUUACACCCACGCUGUCGACUGGUGGUCUCUGGGCAUCAUCAUGUAUGCCCUGCUGGCUGGCCAGUAUCCCAUCAACUCGGGAAGAGAUCACACGGGAAUGCAUAAAUUGGUAGAAAACUGCGAUUACAAGCUUCCGUCUCACUGCAGCGACAAAGCCAAUAGCGUGGUCAGAAAGCUCCUCUGUAAAGAUCCGAACAAACGUCUUCAACAUUUGUACAACUUAAAGAAAGAACAGUUUUUUAAGAAAUUAGACUUUGAUGCAGUAUUAGAAAAGAGGAUUUCUCCUCUAACGCUUCUGAAACAGAGUGUAAAAACAAACUUCCAUAAAUCUGAUAAAUCCAAGUACUUCUCGUCAAAUUUUUUAUCCCGCGAAGAAUUACCCAAGAAAAAUUAGAGAGGACCUCAUUGGGACUGUUGGAAAACAUGUUGCAGAAAAAUCUCUUCUUUUUUACCAUUUUCUCUUUCAUUUUACAUUCCGGUUGUGAUUUUUACAAAGAUUUUCUUAAGUUAGCGGUUACCGGACUGUUUGCCAUAUUGCUAAAUAAUACUCAGGUAAUUAUUUGUGGCGCUUUUUACAUUUUAUGGACUGCUCCGUGCCAUCCAUUACAGUUGCAAGACCAUAUCUGGCUAUGCAAAAAUCAAAUAUUUGUAAAAAAUUCCCUCAUAGUUUAGUACCCAUUUAUCGUGCAGGAAUGCAUUUUGUUAAUUGUUGAUUUCUUGUGGACCAGUGGCACCCACAGGGAAUAAAAAAGGACAUCAUACGUUAUGCAAGAAGCUUCAAACUAUGGUUCAACAUAAGUUCGGCACUUGCACGAGGUGGCAUUGGUUGCGGUUGGAGCUAAAUAGUCCUCAAAAAUGAGGAACGCUCCUUGUUUUGAGGACAAGUUUCAAUCAAAGUAUGACAAAAUUACACUGGACAAAAGACAAUUAUCAUUCACUAGUUUCUUUUAUAUAUGCGGAAUAGGCUAGAAUUCACAAAUUUUCUGUUGUUUAUUGAUAAUGGAAUUUGAGAUCCCCUCAGGCAUUAGGAAAAGAGCAGCAUGGAUGAAAGGGGGGACACGUGCCCCAAUAUAUGGGCACUCCUGGUGCAGGCGGUGAAAACAUAGCCACAUUCUGAUCGUUGUUCUGACAAAUGUAAUUUGAUUUUAACGACAGGCAAAAACUGAAUUCAUUUAUACAUUAAACAUGCCAAAUUGCACGCCUUGAGGCCAGUUUGUGCAAUACGAUCACUGCCGCUAUUCUGUCACACACAGACAAGACUUACGGGCAAUUUGCGGCAGAUCAGAGUGAUACACAAAAAUUGUUUCAAGCAUUAGUUUCUCUCAAACACACGGCUGUGGAGUCCCAUAAAAUUUACCGACUCCGACUCCGACUCAACAGCCCUGCCAGGGCUGUGGAGUCGUGUAAAAAUCUACCGACUCCGACUUUUCCUUACCAUCCGACUCCGACUUUUCCUUACCAUCCGACUCCGACUCCACAGCCCUGCUCAAACAGGAAUCUAAUGUGUGAUUUCGGUCCAGUUGGUUUAAUGUGGCAACUGAAAAACUCAAACAGGUUCAAUUUCCCACAAAACGUUCAUGACUCGGAGAUUGCUCGCAACUGAUUUGUUCAAAUCAGACCACGCUUGUUGCAUUUUCGAGUGACAGAUUGUCGGCAGUCAUCGUAUGUAAACUAGCUUUAGUCGACAAGCUCUUACGUGAUUUCUUUUCUCUCGGUUUACUCUCGUAACCUAAAUUCAUUUACAAAUCUGACUGAGUCUAUGCACCGCCACCUGGAUAACAAGGUCUGUCCCAUAUGUUAUACAGUAUUCUGCAAUAUAUGAAAUAACAGGCAAAGAUUUUACAUCCCAUAAAUCAUUGAAAGACAGAUUUAUCUGUUAUGUAUAACAGAGAGAAAAUAUGCCAAUUGGUCAAAUUGUUUUGAAUGUUGGAAGGAUAGAAUCUCGCAUCCUUAAUUUUCCUUCUAAUUUCCAACGAUGGAAUAACAAGUCCCUUUAGAUAAACAAUUGUUAUUUUAGGGGAGAAAUUAGAAUUGAAACUUCUUUUGAAUCUAUAUCAAUUGUUCCACGGCAUCCAAGAAAUGCGUUAGCAACGUCGUCCAAGAGGAAGGGAGUAGUACUGACGAUUGGGUGAGGUUUGAAAGUAGUAUGCGCAUGGUGGACCCGGUGCCGUGUUUAUCGGUAUGUUUGUGUUAUUACUUGACAUUUUAUUGGGUUUUUACCUUAAAUUAUGUGUAUUUUCCAUUUUAAGUUCAUUGAAAUGGCCAUCAUUUAGGGUUUGGAAAGAAUUAAUUUGCCUUCCGUUAGAAAUAACGGGAAAAUUAAUAUGGAGUUUGAACAGCCUCAAGAAAGGUGUUAAAUUCAAAUUAUGAGGCACCGCCAUGUACGAGUAUGUACAUGCAUUGUAAAAAGCAUGUGUCUUCUAAGACAUCUCCACCUUUUAGUUACCAAUAUAAUGGUAUGUGUGUAAAUGGCUCGGUGUCAAUUGAUGGACAUUUCUAUAAAUUCAACUAUAGUAAUUGUAAAUUAGAAUAUAAACUUUCUUGUGGCCCUUGUAAUUUGAUAAAUACACAAAAGAAAAUUGUGUCUCAAGAUCAUUCUGUUCUCUGUUUAAUUUGGCAUGAUAAGUCCAUCUUUGGGAAAAGGGCACUAGCGCGAAACAAAAUGCGAUUUAGAAGAAUCAAGAAUCCCGUUUGCACGAUGUCUUUGUAUUGCAUAUCCGCUGCACUUCAUUAUUAUGUGAAUCGUAUCUUGCGUGUCCUCUCUGCAUAGGCAUUUGUACUUUGCCUAAUUCUAAACAGGUGGUUUGAUAGGAUUUGAGGGGUCUGAGCCACCCAAGGGCCUCUGUUCGUUCCUUGAUGCCCUGCGGAAUUUCACGUGUACAUCUUUAUCAGAGCAUUCUAUAUUUUCUUUGGUGAGUUUCUUAACAUAUGAGGUCCGGAGUAUAUUAUAGUUUAUUUGUUUGGCCUGUUCUCCGAGUGCAUCUGCCCUCUCGUUCCCUCCUGUUUCCAUGUGGGCUCUAACCCAUGCAAAGUUUAUUGUAUUCUAGUCCUUUGAGGGACCGCUUAAUACUUAAUUGUGCUUCCACCACACUUACACUGUCGGUGCAGAUGGCCUUGCACCAUUCCACUGCCCUCAAGAUUGCCAGUAGUUUAUCCUGAAAGACUGCAAUCAUCAUUAAUCCUAUAUUGCUUGUUGUAAAUUUCCUCCUCUGCUUUGUAGGCCACAAAGGCUGCACCAACUCCUGUCAUGCUUUGAACUGUCAGUAUAGAUUUUAAUUUCAUGAUUGGUUUAUCCUGCAAUGUUAAUAACCAUUCUUUCAUAAGGCUUAUAAAGUUUGUCUUGCCCAACUGUAACAAUGUACAAUUUCUUGUCAAAAGUGCCUUUGUUACGUAAUAAUGUACGACUUCUUUGGCAACAACAAUGUCUAUUGAUGGGUUUUCCGUUAUCAUCAUUAGAAUAGUUUCAAAUGAAGAAUUAAAGGCCUUGGCCACUCUGACAGCUGCCCACUGUACCAAGAGAAGAUGCCUUUUGAUGUGCGUCUUCUUUGCGGUGUUCCCCCAUGCCACUGCAGCAUAGGUUAUUUUCAGGAUAAAAACCCCUUUGAAGAUGGUCUCUGCGUCUAGAUCCCAGUUACCUUUGGCAGAUUGUAUGGACAGAGCGAAAUGGCCUUGUAUCCAGGUGUCACUUUCUUUUAUUCGGAGCAGCAGAAAUUUUACAGGUUAAAUUUGUAUGCCACACAUUUUAAGCGGUUCACUUUCUUUAGUGUGUCAAUCGGAAGAAUCUCGAUGCCCUACAACUCCAGUGGCUACUCGUUUAUUCAGUGCAUUAUGCAUAAAUAACUUUUUUAUGGUCAAUUUACACUUAUCAGAGUUUAUAGUAUUUUAUAUUUGAAUUUUUGUUGCGCAGAGAGAAACUUUAUUUUUUUGUUAAUUUAUAAUAUAUAUAUACUGUUAUAUAUUGUUUUAUUCCUACUUAAGUACACCUGUUUUAGUAUUAGUGUGAAUCAAGUGUGUAGAGGUUGGUACGUGCAUCCUUUACAUUGGUGCAAGUAUAUGCAAACAUGCAUAAUCUUUCUUCGCAUACGUCCUUGUAUUUGUGUGUGCAAGAUGUGCAAUUAAACUCCAAGAUUAUAUUUUCAUCAUAGUUUUUGCACUCUUCCGUUGAGCAUGCGAAUAGCAGAAUAAUGAUCUUGUGAUAUGGAAUCCCUGAUGAAAAGGCAUGCAAUCCAUGACACUCGAAUCUACUACUACUACUACUGUGUUCCUGUGUACUGUCAUCUUGGAACUUAAUUGCUUAAUCUUGUUCCGAGACAGCCGCGUAUUUCACAUUCUAUAAUCAACACUUUGAAAUUGUGCCUGUCCUUCGUGUUCUGUACGUCCAGUAAAGAGCCAAAGUCAGUGACAAAACAAUUUUGCCAUUGCGUAGGACAUGCAGUACCUGCCACGUCCUCGUCCGGUCAGUUUGCGUGGCCAAGUUUUUAACUUCUGAAUGUUUGUACGUGUUUGAAGUAUGGAGCAUUCCGUCUUACUUUACAAAAUCUUAUUGUAAAAAUCAUUUCUUUUCCAGAAUAUAUUGUACAAAAAGCAGUUACAAAUAAAAAAUGUUUUUAAUUCUGUUUUGUCUUGUCCGAUAUAAGGUACAGACACUGGCCAUGCUUUAAUACGGGAUGGUUCAGUAAAACUAGUUGCACUACGGCAACACACAAUGCUAAUUCUACAGAAUUCACAGUGUCGACAUGAGGGGUCUACUUUUCUUCUGGAUUCUUGUUUGAAAGUGUCGAUAGACACUAGAGGUGAUACCUGCCAAGACUGCUGUGUUGCAAUACAUCAUGUAAAAGUAUUCAUUCUAGCUGCACAAGAGAUGAUCCCCCUGUUACAUGCAAUGAAACUAAACA